ACAACAUGAAAGUAUAAGAAAUAAUUGUUCUUAAAAAAAUAAAAAAAAAUAAAAAAAUGUAAAUAAGCUCAGCAGGUCCCCGGAUGUUAGCUCGAUCGGCCAUGGCGCCCACGGCUACUGCUAAUGUCAACAUGACCACUAAUGGCAACGUGGAGCAGAAGGUGUUGCAGUAUGAGAAGUUUAUUGACGACGUCUUGAAGAAGGAUUUACAAGCGGUGAUGGAGCAGCGAGACUCCGUUUAUGAUCAAACAGCUCAGUACCUGCAGCUCAAGAACACCAUACAGAGUUUGCAGGAGACAGGCUCUCAGCGCCUGAAGACAGAUGUUGACCUGGGAUGUAACUUCUACGUUCAGGCAGAAGUGGAGGACUCAUCCAAGAUCUUCGUGUUGGUGGGCUUUGGCUUUUUCGUGGAGAUGGACCACACGGAAGCUCUGCGCUUCAUCGACAAGAAGACAAAUCAGCUCACAGCCUUCACGGAUCAGCUGACCAAAGACGCUGCUAAAAUCAAAGCAAACAUCCGCAUGGUGCUGGAGGGUCUGCGAGAACUUCAGGGCAUUACAGAUCUUCCAGAGCCCAGCAGAAGAGAAGUCUUCUAGAUGUUUGGACUCAUCUGUGAACCCCCCCGACACAGCCUGGCCAGGACCACCAGCAGGUCAGGAUCAGUUUAAUGGUUCUCCUGCAGAUGUGCCUCAGACAGAGAGUGUGUCCUGCCAGGUCCACCCCUGGAUACGAUCCACCCAACUUCACCACAAGGCACCGCUCCGUCAUCCAAACAUGUCCGGUCGCCAUGGCGACAAGACGAUGGAUCAGUCGUAGGAUUUCUUUCUACCACAAAAUCAAUAAAGUAACUGUUUUUGUCAAGGUAGUCAAAGCUACUGGAAGUCUUGUUAGGGGGUGACAUCAAACCUUUAUUGUGAAUCAAAUGUCACUUUCAGAACAAUAAAAGAGUGGGCGUGUGAAUAAUC